GUCGGUGACAUAAUUGUUAUUAGGUAGUAUACUAUAUUUGACCAUCUUGGAAGAUCUAGACUUCUCUUGACAUAAAAGUAAGAGGACCUUAGAGGCUCUACGGUAUGUGUAGUAGGAAGACUAUUCGCAUUAUGAUAGCCUAGUCGACUACUCCGCAGCCUCAUGCCGUCAAUUACCGGUACACGAUGCCGACCAGACACUCAAAAGUCCCGCUAUGGGGAAGGAUAAUGGGUUAUUUGCGGACGUUACAUGUAUCAACUCAAGGCCAAGGCUAAAGGUUAAAAUGAAUAAUAAAUUACUGGAUAUCAGAAAUUGAACUUUAUUACAAUGCUGUCUCUAAAUUUUCCUCGAAUAAUAUCUCAAUAUUAGCUCGAAACGACUUAACGGCCUUGAUAUAACUUACCCUUUAUUUAUCCUCUGAUAAAGGUGAGCUGAUAGAAUAUUGGCAUUAUAUGAAAUUCCAAACCCCUUCUCGUGUGUAGGGAUCUAAGGUAUCAUCCUCCAAACUCUGGGCAUAGAAUCUGGGGAUACGAUGUGACGGUGGAUCCGGAACGAGUCCGAAACUAGGACUUCAUCCGGGAAACACCUUGUCUACCCAAAUGGGAUUAUUUCUCGACAAGUUAGAAAACUAAACUCUAGGAAUAUAAGAGUGCUUAGCCUCUCAACCAUGAGGUUCGAUAGAUAGACGAUCAACUAACCCCUUACAAGCAAGAAAAGGCUCGAAAAAACAUUCAUCAAAGAUCAAGGAUUAUGCUCACCAAGUCUCUCCUCUUCGCGGCGCUCCUCAAGGCCGCCGCCGCGACGCCGGUCAAUCUUGACAAGCGACAAACCGCUUGCGAGGACAUACAUUUUUUUAUAGCACGGGGAUCAACCGAACCAUAUCCAGGCGCCCAAAAGGACGUCGUUAACAGAGUAUGCGAAGGCUUGUCGAGCUGCGGAUAUGAAGAUAUCAUAUAUCCCGCCACGUUUGAAGACUAUUGCAACUCGGCAUAUGCAGGAGUCACCAAUGGUACUGCACAGAUCACAGCGUAUGCCGAAAGCUGCCCUGAGGCGAAGUUGGUUGUGACUGGCUAUUCCCAGGGAGGGCACGUCGUAGGCGACAUACUUGGAGGCGGCGGGGGUCCUUUCCAAGACUGCACGCAGAAAGCGAAUACGCCUCUAUCACCUGAAACCUCGCCGGGUAAUCAGAGUACGCAACCUCACAUGCCUAAAUUUCGACGGCGUAUACUAAACUAGGUUUACUAGUCGUCGCGGUAACUUUCUUUGGCGACGUGCGUCACACAGCGUCUCAGACUUACAAUGUGGGAACAGGUGCUACUAACAGGUAGCCACUUAGAUUUGGCCGAGAUCAGAGUCAGAUCUUGAAUCUUUGAACAGGUUUUCAGAGGUAAUGCGCUCAUGGUGUUUCGUAGAUGAUCCUGUCUGCGGUGGUGCCGAUGGCUCGGAUAUCAGUGCGCAUAUUGCGUAUUUUAAUCAGUCUACUCCCGAAGCUGCGGCGUGGGUGAAAACUAAACUCAUUUAGGUAUGUAUUCUAAAGAUAGGUACCUUAGGUAGUGGAAUAUAGUCGAUGUUAUUAUAAAGAGGACCGGUUUGGAGGUAUGAAUAUGAAUGAGAUGACAA